AUCAAACAAAAUUAAAUUAUAAAUCAAUCAAUCAAUGAAUUAAUUAUAUUUUAGUUAUAAUUAAACAAAUUCAAUUUUGUUUGUUUGUUUUAUGGAAAUUAAUCAAUGGCUGUACCACAUCCAAUACCGCCACCAAAUCUUGAACAUUAUGAUUUACAUAGAAUUCCAUCAUCUUCAACGCCAUCAACAACAUUAAAUUCAUCAUCAUCAUCAUAUCCAUUACAUUCUGUACAUCAUACAUUACCACCAUCAAAUCAAUCAGGUGCUAUGAAUUAUCCACCACCGCAAGGUUCUAAUAAUUAUUAUGGUGGUGAUGGUCGUGGUAUGAUGAAAAUUCCACAAUCACAACAUCAACCUUAUCCAUCACAGCCACCUCCACCAUUAUCACAUCCAAAUGAUUAUGGAACAACGACACAUUAUUAUGCUGUUGGUUAUGGUCAGCCACCACCACAAUCGAUUACAUCAUCUCAUCAACAUGAUCCACAACAUCAACAAACACCAUCUUCUGUUUUGAUGCAUGAUCAAAGCCGUACAUCGAAUGCUCAAGAUACAAAAUCACCGUUACCAAUAUCAUCACCAAACAAUCAACCCAAUGAUCGUCGUACACCCGGAAUGAUGCAACCAAUGCAACCACCUUAUGGACAUCAUGUAUAUCCAGGAUCAUCACCUAUGUAUCCACCACCAUCAUCACAGAUGAAUUCUUUACCACCACCACCUUAUAUGACUGGACCUCCCCCUCCUCAUUCUCCUCAUUCACCUUCUUCAUCACAAUUGUCCAAUCAUCAUUUUGGUCAUCAUCAACCAUCAUCACCAUCAUAUGAAAUGGCCAAAAAAAUGCGUAUGAAUGAACCAUCAUUGGUUCCAACAACGACCGGUACAAGUGGUGAUCCAACAAUAGUUGAUGGUAGUGCAUUUCAUUCUCAUCCUCAUCAUCAACAAUUAUCACAUCAUCCUCAUCAUUCACCAUCACCACAUCAAGUGCCUUCGGGAUCUCGACAACAACAACAAGCACCCCCUCCACCACCGCCGCAUCUUCAACAUUAUAAUGGCAAUCCUCAACAAAUUGCUCAUAGUCAAAUGCCAAUUGCUCAACAGGCUGUUACAACAGCCACCGGUAUAAUGAGAUCGGAUCAACAAUCAUCAUGGGAUAUUGCAAAUGGUUCAACAAUAUCGAAUAAAAAAACAUCCGUAGGAGGUUGUAGUCCAACGCAACAACAAUCAAUAACAGAUGCGGAUAAAUCAUCAAAGAAAAAACGUAAACGUUGUGGUAGCUGUCCCGGUUGUCUUCGAAAAGAUAAUUGUGGUGAAUGUGGUCCAUGUAAAAGUGUACGAUCACAUCAAAUAUGUAAGAUGCGUAAAUGUGAUCAAUUAAAAACGAAAAAAGAAAAGGGUGGAAAAUCGAAACAAAAUCAGAAUAAUCAGAAUAAUAAUAAUAAAGAAUCAACAGCAGCAGCAAAUAAUUUACCAAAUUUACCAACAAAUCAAUCAACAGCAACAAUAACGGCAAAAAAUUCAUCACCAAAAUCAUCUCAAUCAUCAAUUGCAUCUACAGCCGUAUCAACAACAAUAACAACAACAACAACAACGACAUCAACAACUACAGGUAGUGUUUCACCACGAACAUCAAUGAAAAGGACAAAAACCAAUGCAUCCGGAUAUGUUGGAUCCGAACAACAAUUUUCAAAUAACCAAAAUAAUGGCAAUCUAUCACAACAACAAUAUCCAAGUGUUCAAUAUGAAACAAAUAAUUAUGGUCAUCAUCAACAACAACCACCCCCAUUACAAUCACCAUUAUCAAAUGGAAAUCCAAUAAUUGCAAACAAUCAAUCAUCAGCAUCAAUAACACCUCCACAAUCAAUUAUGAAUGGUACAAAUGAUAAUUAUCAUCAUCCACAAUCACAAACACCUGUUGGUGAAAAUUCAAAUCGUCAUAAAUUGAUGAAUAAUCGUCUGAAAACAUUGAUACAAAAUCGUCAAAGUCAAAAAGAUCAAAAUAUUGGACAACAACAACCACAGCCAUCAACACCAACACAAUUGCCUGGACAACAGCCACCAUAUUCACAAUUUUCAAAUCAUCCAAGUCCAUAUCCUCCACCGAAUACAACACCUACAAUCGAAUCACAUUGGAUUGCUCAACCAAAUAGUCAGCAACAAACCGGAAAUCCACCAGCUAAAUCACCGAAACCAUCUACUUCUGGACGGAAAACACCGGUUUAUUCAAUGCAAUCACCAGCAGCUGCUGCAACAUCAUCACCAAUCGAAUCAAAUGUUACGCAUUCCGUUGACAAUUCUAAUGCAUAUAAUAAUCCAUAUUAUGGUUCUGGUAAUGCUCCUCCUCCUCCUUCUGCUACACUUACUGAUAAAUCUUCACCGGUAAAUACCUCAAUGCCUUAUAAUUCUUCGAACCAAAUGAAUGGAAAUAAUCAAGGCAAUUAUCCACCUACAUCGAACCAACAACAACCGAAUGCUUCUCCAUCCGGAACAAACAUAAUCGAAUAUCCUUCACCAUCAUCGACUCAUUCGAUGAUGAAUGGAAUGGUCGGAAAUUCAUAUGGAAAAACAAAUCCAUCGGUUCAUUCUGAUUUGGCCACUUUGCUUAAAUCAAAUACAACAACACCUGUACCUUCUUAUCCUACUUCAUCAAAUGAAGCGACAACAUCCACUGACCAUGCAUCAUCCACAAUAACAUCAACAACAUCAACGAAUAAUAAUAAUAAUGGUGGCGAUCAUUUUUUAGUGAAUACGACCACAACUAUGAAUCAUCACCUAUCAAAUUCGACAACAUCUAUGAAUACAUCUACAGAUAUUACCAAUUCAUAUAAUAAUACUCAAUAUGGAAUGCAAAUAAAUUCAAGACAAUCACAAACGCCGACUUCUACUAAUCAAUCGAAUUCUCCAUUUUUUGUCAACACGAAUCAAUCUGUGAUGAACACUAAUAAUAAGAAAAAUGAAACUUUAAUAACAUCAACAGGUGUUGAACAAGUUGUGAUAGCUUCAUCAACCAAUAUGGAUGUUGAUCAUCAACAACAUCAUCAUCUUCAUCCGAAUCAACAUCAAACCCCUAGCAUAGCUUGUGGUCGUACAAAUAAUAUGAUCGAUUUAACAAUGGAUCCAAUAUCAUCAACACAAACAAUAUCGCAACAUCCAUCACCAUAUUAUUCAUCAUUAGAUUCAUCUUCAUCACCUUAUCAAGAUUCGAUAUUAUAUGAUACAACAAGUUUAUCGACGACCGGUAAAUUAUUGGUCACAUCAACGGCAGCAUUACGAUCACCAGUAUCGGCUCAUUCACCACAUCGUUUAACACCGCUUGGUGGACAAUCAUACGGUGGUUCACCAUCACCAAAUUCAUCAUCAACAUCGGGUAGUAAUCUUUUACCACCAGUAUCGACAUUUAUGUUUCCAAAUAAUAAUAAUAAUCGCAAUGAAUUUGAUUGGUGGAAUCAAACAAAUGGUAUGAAUCAUAUAUCUUCAUCAUCGGUUACGAUACGUAAUGGUAUGAUUGGCGGUCCUAAUGGUAAUGUUAAUUUCGAUAAUAUGACAACAACAAGUCCAUUAAUGACAGCUAAAUUGGUUACAUCAACAACGGCCUUAUGUGAUCCUGAUUUGGAUUUCUAUGGAUUAUUGGCUAGUAAUAGUAAUAAUAAUCCAAAUAAUGAUUAUUCAACAACAACAUCAUCACUUUCAUCAACAACAGCAGCUCUGUAAAAUUUAUGUAAAACAUUUCAUCCAUUUUCUUUUUCGGUAAUAAUAAUGAUAAAUUUUUUUUUUUCGUCAGACAAUUUACUUUUUACU